AUGGGAAUCCGUAAUCUUGCAUAUUGCCAUUUACGAACGAGGCUGGAUAGGCUGGAUACACCAGGACAAAAGAAGUAUUCCAAUGUUGAGGUCAUCGCUUGGGAGCGAAUGGAUGUAUCGAAGGGAGUCGUGCAUGAGGUCAACGAGAAGGACGUCCCUGUAGCGAAAGCUAAGGCGGGAAGACGUAAACAACGGAAAGAAGGCGAUGAUGAGGAAGAAUUGAUUCCGUCCGCGAAGGAGUCAUUCGAUCCAGCAACAUAUGCGGAGCGUACCUACGCUUUUGUAAGUCGCAUACUGGAGAAGCAUCGCCCGACGCAUAUCCUGAUUGAGCGCCAGAGAUUCAGGACUGGUGGAGGACCGUCGGUUCAGGAGUGGGCUUUGCGCGUUGGCAUGUUUGAGUUCAUGCUGUACGCAACGCUGCAAGCCCUGAAAUCACAGGGCGUACACAGCAGUGCUGUGGAACCUGUAUUGCCGACAGCAGUCAACAGAUAUUGGAUUUCCCAAAUCGAAGAGCGCGGCUUCUGGAGUGAUUUCAAACCCACCAGCUCCUCGAUGAAGCAGUACAAGAUCGAUGCGGUGAAAAACAUGCUGAGAGGCGAGAAGUACAAAACCCGACAUCUUCAAUUCUCCAGUCAAGCACAAGGGACUGCAUCGAAGUUUCUGCCCACCCAAAGUGGGAGUCAGAAAGCGCCGAAGACCCCAAAGACGAGCUCGAGUCUUAAGCUGGACGAUCUCUCGGACUGUCUUCUUCAAGGGCUGGCCUGGAUUGCAUGGCAGGAGAACCUCCGAAGACUGUAUUCAAUCUACGGCCAUUACUACCCAUAUGGGAAUGUUAUCGAGCCGCACGAUCCGCUUAACUCAAGCGCAACAAUACUGAAUCGAAUGAAGGGCCCGGAGAUAGCACUGACCUGA